CCGGUUUCAUGGGUUUCGACCUAUCCUGGAUCCGACCCGAUUAUCCAAUCAACGUUUUUUUCUCAAGAUAAUAUGUUACAGGUGUUGUAAUCGAACUAGGAGAGUCUUGUGCUUCUACAAGUUCUGAGCCUUUUGUAAUGUUCCACAUUACUGGAACUGACACGCUGUUACAAAUUUAGGGACUCCUGUUAUUUCUUCCCCAGCACUUAAGACGGCCUAACUUCAACCUAAUAAGACAGAGACGAAGAGUGUCAAAAAGCCAGAGGAACAAAAUACUUCGAGUUUGAUGUCUACCUAAUCUCCGUUCUUAAAUAGGAACGCGACCAGUGGGCUUAACUUAACUUCCAAGUUCCAAUCCAAGGAAAGCAGUGGAAAUUUCCAAAGCUACCUUUGUCUCUCGGGUAAAUACGCACAAGAAGCUGUCACAGCAGCCAUGAACGUUGGGAGACUAUUGUUUCAAAUCCAUACCUCAAGAGUGUGGGAAUUGAUUGGUGGUAUGUGAGAAAAAUUAUGGAUUAAGAGCUGUCUAUGGAGGUUUUGUUACUGCAUUGAAGGAUCUAAAACUCUGUGUGAUUAUCUCUCAAACUUAUGACCUUCAUGCUGAUUCAUCUAUUCUCGGCACUGAAGAAGAGAUGCAGCUUGGUCUCAGUAAUGGCUGAUGUGGACCGAAUGCUUAGAGCACAAGGAACAUUUAUAGUAAGAGAUGACAUAGAAACAAAAGGAGAAAUUGAUAAUAUGAUGGAAUCACUAAUGGAAUGUAAGAAUGACACAUUCCCAAGAUGGAAAAGGAGUGAUCUCUGUUCAGGAGUCAAGGUGGUGUCUUACAUGGGUUGAGACCAUUACAUCGGAGAUAGCAAGUGAAAGAGAAUUGGUUUAAUAUAGUUUUAUGAGUAAUGUUUCUUUUGUGAUCAUGGUGAUUAUUUACAUUGUAUUAGGCCAAUAUGUGUAUCUUUUUUUUGCAUUGACAAAAAUUGUAUACAAAGACACUGUCCCAAUAGGGUAAGCUUUGAUAAACUUUUGAUUUGG